AUGGCUUCCAGAUUGGAGAUUAAUUUCAUCAGAUUAUUGUCCCGUUGUGAAACUAUAGCUUCGGAGAAGCGAGGAGAGACGGAGUGGAGGCUGGAUAAGUACGUUGGUGCCCUGGAUGAGAUGUUGCUGACUCUGAAGAAAAGCUCCAGCAAACCAACAGCUGAGGUUUUGACUGAAUACACAAGAAAAGUUGAUUUCCUGAAAGGACUUCUGGAGGCAGAAAAACUGUCUUCAACAACAGAAAAGGCUUUAGCGAAUCAGUUCCUUGCUCCCGGCCGAAUGCCAACAAUAUCAAAUGAGAGGAUGCCCGCUACCAAAACUGUGCACAUGCAGACAAAGGCCAGAUGUACCAGAGAGAUGAGGGACGAACUGCUCAGCACGGGGACAUCUGGGAAAGGUGCACCAGACACAGACUUGAGACAAAGAAGAUGUCUUCCUCUGGAUGAGCGUCAGUCUGCUGCUGAGCUGGACGCUGUUCUGCAGCAUCACCACAACCUGCAGGAGAAGCUGGCGGAUGACAUGCUCAACUUGGCCCGAAAUCUGAAGAACAACACUCUGGCAGCGCAGAACAUCAUCAAACAGGACAACCAGACUCUCAGCCAGUCCAUGCGCCAGGCAGACCUGAACUUUGAGAAGCUGAAGACGGAGUCGGAGCGUUUGGAGCAGCACACCAAGAAGUCCGUCAACUGGCUGCUGUGGCUGAUGCUCAUCCUGGUGUCCUUCACCUUCAUCAGCAUGAUCCUCUUCAUCAGGCUCUUCCCCAGACUCAGAUGAUGAGCGUGUGCAGCGCUGAACUCUUAGUCCAACACUCUCCUAAGUUUACCAGAGUAGUAACCAACUUAGGCCUCCAUAAGCAUGUCUGCUGCGCACAUGCAGUGUGUUUGUGAUACCGAUGGAUUGAUGGAAAGAGCCACAACAGUUCAGUGUGUUCAGCUGACAUUUUUGCACUUUCGAAUAUGAAAUUGUUUCUCUAAGCAGUCUGGGCAAAGUUUGAAAUACUGUCGGAAGCUUCAGUAUUGGUUGUUUUAACUAGGGCAGAGCUUGAAUGGAGGUCAGAAGCUACUUUGGAUGCUUCAGUCUGCAUACAACAAAGAACGAGCCUUAAUCACAUUAUUUUCAGGUAGGCUACGAGCCAUUCAUGGUCUGAGUGCGGCCGAAGCCAGAGCUUGUUGAGCGUUUCUGUACAUUUUGUGUACAUCAUUGAUGAUCCGUCCACAUCGUGAGGUUCUGUUGUUUAAAUACCGAUCAGACUUGUUACCAAAUGUAUCACAAAUAUGAAACAUUUUAAGGAUAUAAGACUGAUCGGAAGUUUCAUUCCUUCUCUCAUAAAUGUUUGCCGCAUUCAUUCAAAGGGCUCUUGGAGCUCCGAUGUAGUCAUCUUGCAGAAGGUCCAGCGUGCAACAUUCAGUUCAUUCUGUCGACAGAAAUCAAGCAUGUCGAGUGGGUCGCCACCUCUGUGUUUACUGGAGGGCCGGGUUGUGUCCAGUCAGUCCACCGUCUGCAUCACAGUGUUUCUACAGUCAACCUAAAGAUGUGGAAACUGACUUUGAAGUUCAUCAUUUCCCAUUUGUUGGUAGUUUUGAUAACAACUUCCGUUCUCUGUCAAGCUGGGAAGGAAGAAGUGAGGGGAGAGCAUAUUUAGCUGGUUUGCAAUCUGCAAAUUGUUCACCAAAUUGUUCUUCAAAUUAACCCUACUGUAUGUUUCCACUGUCUCUAAUACUGUUCGCCGUUUGAAGUAAGAGUGUUUCAGUGAUUCUUUCAAUAAAGCUAUGAUGU